AUGCCUACCGUGAAAUUAGCAAAAUGGCAGAUCUUGUUAAGUGAGUUUGAUAUUAUGUAUAUAACUCAGAAGGACAUUAAGGGACAAGCAUUGGCAGAUCACCUAGCAGAGAACCCGGUAGACAAUGAAUACAAGCCGCUUACAACCUAUUUUCCUGAUGAGGAAGUAUUGUUUGUAGGGAAAGAUAUUUCAGAGCCUUAUUCAGGAUGGAGGAUGUUUUUUGACGGAGCGUCAAAUUUCAAAGGAGUCGGAAUAGGAGCAGUUUUAGUUUCCGAGACAGGUCAACACUACCCUAUCUCGGCAAAGAUCAGAUUUCCCUGCACGAACAAUAUGGCGGAAUACGAAGCUUGCAUCCUCGGGCUUAGGAUGGCAGUUAAUAUGAACAUCAAAGAACUUUUGGUAAUAGGUGAUUCUGACCUAUUAGUUCAUCAGGUACUAGGAGAAUGGACCACUAAGAAUGUCCAAAUUCUUCGAUACUUACAUUGCGUGAAGGAGUUGUGUAAGCAGUUCAGAGAAAUUGACUUCAAGCAUGUCCCUCGAAUCCAAAAUGAAUUUGCUGAUGCCCUUGCGACAUUGUUAUCAAUGAUCCAACAUCCGGACAAGAAUUACAUCGACCCUAUCAAGGUAGAAAUACACGACCAGCAAGAAUAUUGUUUUCAUGUCAAUGAGGAAUUGGAUGGCCAGCCAUGGUACUAUGACAUUAAGAAGUUACUCGAGACGAGAGAAUAUCCAAAAAAUGCUACUAACAAACAGAAGCGGACCUUGAGGAGAAUGGCAAAUCACUUCUUCCUUAACGGAGAAAUCCUAUAUAGGAGGACUUCAGAUCUGGGAUUUCUAAGAUGUGUGGAUGCCACAGAUGCGACAAGGUUGUUAGAAGAAGUACAUGCAGGAACAUGUGGACCCCAAAUGAAUGGAUUCACUUUGGCAAAGAAGAUUCUGCGAGCGGGAUACUUUUGGAUGACUAUGGAAAGAGACAACAUUCGCUAUGUACAAAAGUGCCAUCAAUGUCAGGUUCACGGAGAUUUCAUUCGGGUUCCUCCAAAUGAGCUCAAUGUAAUGGGCUCCCCUUGGCCGUUCGCCGCUUGGGGCAUGGAUGUGAUUGGACCUAUCGAACCCCUUGUAUCAAAUGGACAUCGCUUCAUCUUAGUGGACAUCGAUUAUUUCACUAAAUGGGUCGAAGCUUCAACGUACAAAGUAGUAACAAAGAAGGUGGUAGCAUAUUUUUUUCGCAACAAUAUAGUCUGCCGAUUUGGGAUUCCAGAGUCAAUUAUCACAGAUAAUACAGCCAAUCUCAACAGCGAUCUUAUGAGAGAGACUUGCGAAAAAUUUAGGAUUGCCUACCGAAAUUCCACAGCUUGUCGACCACAGAUGAAUGGAGCAGUCGAGGCAGCAAAUAAGAACAUCAAGAAAAUCUUGAGAAAGAUAACAGAUAGUCACAGGCAGUGGUAUGAAAAGUUGCCAUAUUCUUUGCUUGGUUACCGUACCACUACUAGAACAUCCACAGGAGCAACUCCUUACAUGUUGGUUUAUGGUUCAGAAGCUGUGAUACCCGCAGAAGUAAAGAUACCUUCUCUAAGGAUUAUCCAAGAUGUGACUAACUCCGCCAAAUCGGAGAUACUAUCUAACUGCGACUAA